UCAUUCGUGGGCUACGAGCCAAUCAGUUUGAGAGUCCCUUAUCCAAAUAAAUACCCACUUUUCGUGCCAUUAGAUUUUCCGUCGUUGAAAAUCCCUUCCUAUCCACAGGUAAGUUUGGUUGAUCAAUAUUUUUUUUUUUUUUGCUGGGUAGCAGUGAGGAUCAAAUUCAAAUGGCUAUGGCCACAGCUGUCGUGUGUCCUCAGAACAUCACCGGAGCCAUCGUGGGCUCACCCAAGAAGAGAGUGGUGCACGUGAGAGGGUUAAAUUCAUUUGGGGGACUGAAGGCUAGCAAUGGUGUUGUCUCUUUGGGACUUCCUAUGAGCACUGAGAAGUGCUUUGCUAAGGUUGUGAGUUCAGUGAAAGCAGCAACAUCAAAUGGAAAAGGAAAGGGUGGAGGGGCACUCUCCUCCACGUGCAACGCCGCAGGUGAGAUAUUCACGAUUGCUGCUAUCAUCAAUGGACUUGUUCUUGUCGGGGUCGCAGUUGGGUUUGUGCUCCUGCGAGUUGAAGCAUGGGUCGAGGAGUCCGAGGCAGAAUGAAACUUUGUUGAAUCAGAUAAGCAAGUGAUUAAUUAAUAUCCAGAAAGUUGUAUGUUUCUAUAUUGAUGCUCUGCUUGUUCUUGUUUUCAUAAUGACUUGUAUAUUUACCUGUGAAGUUUCAUCAUUUUCUUGUUUUGUUCAUAAUUGGCAUGAGCUGCUGCAUUGAACCUAGAAGUGAGUCUCUGGCUCUCUCCAACGAGAAAUCAUAUGUAAUGUAAUUCUUGCACACCCAUUAAAUAUGAGAAAGAAGUAUACAUCAAAUAAAUUAAUUUUUGAAAUUA